AUGGCUGCAGUGUCCGACAUAUCCAAUGGAAUAGCAAACGGAUCCUUGAGCGGAAGAGAAGACUAUCUUUUAGCGACCGUUAUCUGGCUAUGUGUUUUUGAGAAGUCCCGUGGUGAAAGACACGAACAUAGUGCCAUCCAUGCAGCUGCUCUGUGCAAAAUCCUCCUUUUGCGACAACCAUUCGACCCCAGGCAUGCCGCAACGGCGGAACUUAUAUGGGAACGCAUGUGUGUAGAAUCUUACAUUUAUCAUAGCGCCGUCACGACAUUAUUUGAUAGUCGGCCAGACCUCAUUGAUGAUACUUUGGCGGUAUUAGAAAAGUUUCAAAGAAAUGUAUCGGUCUCUCCUAGUGCCAUUGACGACCAGGAAACCGCCAUGUCGAUCCAGUCAUCUACUAUCCAGUCUCCGCUACUUGGUGCUCCAUAUCACAUAUUCGUCGCUCUUAUGCAAGGGAUAAGAUUAUUUCGCAUAGGUAACACAGAUUCAAUAAAUAACAACAUGGUUGCAUGGUCAUGCUACUAUCAUGUAAGCAAGGCACAAUCAUCUCUCGGCCCAGUUUGUCAGCAUUAUGAAGACCCGCGACGGUGGAUUGGAAAAUUGUAUGCGACAGCUAUCCGGCUUCUAUUCCUCCAAUUAAUCCCUUCCCAUGGCGUAGGUUGGGAGAUAGAGACUAGCUACCUGUCUCGGUAUACGGAAAUUACACGGACAAUAAAUGAGGUAAGAGAAUUGUUGAUCACUACAGAAUGCGACAUUGAGAAGACCUGGGGCAAAUUCUUCUUGUGGCCGCUAGCGGUCAUUGGCGCUCUUGUAUGCGAGAAGUCCGACAUUAUUCUAGUGCGGAGUUGGCUGGACCGGGUCGCUAGAAAGAGUGCUAACAGCAGUGUUCUUAUCAUCAAAGAGGUGUUGGAAAAAGUAAUAUGGCAAAAUUGCAGCGACAUGUUGCCGGCGAGUUCUCCUCCUUUCUACCCGCCCGGACUUUCAAUCAUGCUGGACACGAAUAUCAUGAAUAACAUCGCGGCUAGGCUACUUGCUUAG